UUGUCCAGCAUCUGGAGCCUCCAAGUUAUGGUGUCUUUCAGACUCGAGUGGAUUAGCGAGGGGAACAAAAGCACGCAAUACCAGCAAGACGUUGUCACGUUUGAGAGCGGCAACAUCAGCACUCCGACUUGCAAAAACAAACAGAUAAUUCUUGUGUGGGAUUCGCCCCCUCAAUGCGUUUGCAUCCUAACAAAACCAAACUGCAAACGAGUUCACGAUCUCUGCAAGGAAAUGAUACUGUGGCUGCACAGCGUGAGCUUGUCAAUCUACGUAGAACCCCGCGUCAGGAGAGAGAUGCUUGCAGACGACUUGUCCAUGGCUUUCCUUCAUACGUGGGACAGUGACGAGGAGCUGUGCUUUCUUCACAACAAAAUCGACCUCAUCGUCACCCUCGGCGGAGAUGGCACCGUGCUUUGGGCUGCGUCGUUGUUUAGAGGCCCCGUCCCGCCGGUGGUCUCGUUUGCAAUGGGCUCGCUCGGCUUUAUGACUCCGUUUCAGAGUGAAAGCUACAGAGAAUGCCUCCUCUCGGUGAUGAAAGGCCCCGCAUACAUCACCAUCCGCCACCGCUUGCACUGUCGGAUCAUUCGCCACAGCUCCAGCUCCAAGAGCAGGAAGAAACAAGCCGGAGAGGAAGUUUACAUCGUCCUCAACGAGGUCGCCAUCGACAGGGGGAUGUCCUCCUUCUUAACCAACCUCGAGUGCUACUGCGACAACAUCUUCGUCACAAACGUACAGGGCGACGGCCUCAUCCUCUCCACGCCCUCGGGAAGCACAGCCUACUCGUUAUCAGCAGGAGGAUCGAUGGUGCAUCCACAGGUUGCGGCAAUGCUUUUCACUCCAAUUUGCCCGCAUUCCCUCUCGUUUCGGCCGCUUAUCCUCCCCGAGCACGUAACGCUACGAGUCCAGGUGCCCGAGAAGAGCCGCGGCGAUGCCUGGGUUUCGUUUGAUGGGCGAGAGAGGCUCCAGCUCGGCUGUGGUGACGCGCUCGUGUGCCACCUCUCGUCGUGGCCGGUCCCCACUGCGUGCACGCUCGAGUCUACCAAUGCUUUUCUUGAGGGCGUCAAGGAGGGGCUCUAUUGGAACAUGAGGAAGCUCCAAGUUGGCAAGGACAUUGGUUUGAACGUUUAA